UUAUAUCCAUUGAACAAAGAUAAUUGUUACCUCGUUAAAUCACAACGCAUAAUUCGAACGCAUUCCCGAUCUUUGACCAACAAAUUAUUAUAUCAUCACGUCAACCAAAAUCAUCAUGUCCGCCCAAGCGCCCAGCGAAGGACAAAAGGUCACACUUGGCCAGAACGCCCCCAUCACUCGGGAAGGUUCCGGUGCCGUAGCCUGCGACUCCCUCGCCGCCGAGUCCAGGGCCUUCACCUCGUCCAACGAGAUGAGCACCAACACACAAUCACACGACGAGCUGCGCUCCUCGUCCAAGCCUCACGAGAGCGGAAGCACAGCUGCAUACUCCUCGACGAACACUGGCGCUGGAUCGGGCCCAAACAACGUCGACACGGCACCCAGCUAUGUCAACAACCAGUACACGCAAGACACCAAAGGCCCACACGGUAAGAACAUCAAGGAGGACGAGAGCAUUCGCACGGGCGACGGUAAUAAUGCUAGUUUCACCGAGUUUGGAACCGACAAGGACCCAGGUGCGCUAGCUGAGAAGAAGUUCGCGUUGGCAGAUAGCAGCACGGCGGGAUCGACGGCUGCGCGACAGAAGAGCAUUGAUGGAAAGACGCCUUACGACGUUUUGGAUCCGGAAGAGCAGGCUUGAGUUAUUGGAUAAACCAGAGUAGUACGGUGGGAAGGGUUCGAUGCGAGUGGCAGUGACUGCAGGUCAUCGGGAUUACGGCACGGUAUUGACUGGGAAGGCUUAAUGGACGCUACACUAGUCGUAUAGCAGUCGAGCCAACGCCCACCACCAAGCUUGAAAUGGGUUUGCGCUUCUGAUAUAGUAGUGUUCACCACCAACGGUGUCUGGCAGGGUCUGAC